AUGUCGGAUCCCUCCACUCCGCAGCCUCUCUUUGGGGGCGGUCAACCACCAGCGGCAUCGUCGUCUGCAUUAACAGCAGCAGGCCCGUCCACAUCCCUCGUGCCCUUCACUACGAGUCGCACCCCACCCACUGGCUCGUCGGGCAACAACACCUACAUCAUGCCCAGCUCUCCAAUGAAGAAAGCCGCGUCGGACGGAUACAGGCCCAAGGUGACGCGCACUCUGGGCCAGCGUCCUGCAUGUCUCGUCAAUGCCUCUGUGACGUACUGUGGGAACAACCAGAUCUACGCCUUUGGCGGGUUCGACCAGUACACUGACGAAGUCUACAACCACGUUCUUCGGCUUGACAUCGUCAGCCAUCAAUGGAGUCUGGUGGAUAACUACGGAGACAUCCCGGGGGUGCGCAUGGGCCAUACCGCAAGCUUGUAUCAAGGCGACAAACUUCUUGUGUUCGGCGGCGAGAACGAGCACAGAACCUACCUUUCCGAUCUCAUCAUUUUCGACCUCAAGACCGCUCACUGGACACAACCCCAGGUGACUGGCCCCAUCCCGAAAGGCCGCGCACGUCACUCCGCCUUGCUACACGAAGACAAACUUUUUAUAAUCGGAGGAAUCACGGGUCAUGACAACUAUGUGUUGGACGACAUCUGCUACAUUGACCUCAAAACCUUUACUUGGUCCCGCGCCUGGCGUUUCGUCGGUCGUUUCGAUCACUCGGCUUAUAUCUGGGGCGACAGAAUUUGGGUAUUCGGUGGUCUGAGCGAAGAUAUGGACAAAGUCAGUGAUUUGUGGUGGCUUGACCUGAAAGGCAGUCCCGCAUUCGAGAGUGCGCCUCAGUUUGGAACUUACGAGCGGCCGGGGCUGGGCAGCCGUGGCGAAAGCUCUCCCAGGCCACCAUAUACGAUGGGCCAGUCCCCGAUCGUCGGUGCAUCUGGUUACGCAGCCAACUCUCGGACGCAGCAGGUCAACACUCCGUCUUUCCAGAUCAAGACUUACGCACCCAUGGCACCUGGCCUGAUACAUUCCCACAAGUUCAUAUCCGGCCCGAACGUACCUUCACAAGGACCCGGCAUCCACUUCCACGUCUACUCGUCUGGGAAUUUGCUUGAUUUCGUGACACCAGCUGCGACAAUCACUUCCAAGGAAUGCGCGUUGUACGCCCUUGAACUGGGAGAGCUUCGGUGGCAAAAAGUUGCGGAAGGCCGAGAAGUCUUCAAGUCUGGAUUCAGGUGGCAUUAUUGCACAAUGAACGAAGAUGGCACCAAAGCGUGGCUGUUGGGUUGCCCCACCGACGCUUCUGCCCUCGACGUUGCUGCGAACGGUUUUGAGGAGCAGCUGAGUGAUAUCAUGGAGAUUGACCUGCGCAGAUACGGCUUUCUCGGCAACAACCUGACGCCACAGCCGCGGACCGAACUUGCAGAACCCAUGGGAAGGACCCGUCGCGUGGACACACCCUCCAAGGGUCUGGGCGCAGACCUCGCAAAAGCGUUCAACAAACCCCCAGAGGCAGGGAGUGGCGCGGAUUUCAUCGUCACAGCCCUUUCUGGUGACCCAAACGAAGAAGACUUGCUAGGCUCUGCCUUGAUCCGGGCGACUGACGUGGCCGACGGUGACCAGACGUGGCUAUCGCCGGAUUCACCGACAUCACCACCUAUCCACGUGCAUCGUCUCAUUCUAUAUCUUCGCUGGCCGCACUUUGCACGCCUGUGGGACUCACACAUGGCCGAAUUUCACAACAAAAAGAUGCACAUUCCCGAGCCGUACACAGUGGUGAAGGCCUUUCUUUACUACCUAUAUACAGAUCGCAUCGAUGCUGCACCCGAGGACGAGGGCGUUGACGGGCCCAGUAGAGAUCUCGCGGACAUUGCCGGGCUGCUGGUGAUGUCCAACAUCUACAACAUCCCGCACUUACGUCUUCUCUGCGUCAACCGGCUCAGUCGUGAACUAGACGUCGACCAUGCUUGUAUAAUAUGGUACUGCGCGGGCCUUGCAGACGAGGAGUGGCUGCGCAAGCGGGCAGCAGGGUUCUGCUUGACACAUUGGGGUCGCAUAGUACGCACCACGGGUUUCCUGCGACUUCCUCGAACCGCGAUUGUAGAGCUCUCGCAAGAAAUCGACACGGAGGGCCGUGUGAUCGGCGGAGAGGAGCUCGACAUGUUCGAAGGCGGUGGCUCAUACAUGGAGAGGAGGAAAGAAAGCAUCUCUAGCAACGUGACACAGUCGCUGGAGGCCGAGGAACCAGACGACGACGAUGGUAUGGACAUGAACUAG